AUGGUAGACCAAGUUGUAAAGAUACAAGCCUCAUUUAAGUACAUCAUCGGCGGGGCUUAUGCGUCAGGUAUUCCCAGCCGUUAUGGCAACUGGAACGGCGGGUCCGAUCUGUUGAGUUUCACGCACUCCAAAUUGGUCCUUUGGCGGAGAAAAAUCUCCCUCCUGCCCCUUGUGUGGGGUACCUCCUACCCUCCGGUACGGGAUUCCCGGCCCGGGACCCCCUUGGUGUUUUGUCCAAUGUCUCUGUUCACUUGGAACAUUUCUCAUCCAAGUGGAUGUAUCCAAUUACCGAGCAAAUACCCACCGUCUACAUCAAGUUGUGUUGGUGACAUGUAUACCUCGAAGAUUGAGAAGACGCCACUGGAGGUCUCUUGGGUAACGCUUUCUAUCGGAUACGAACUGCGGGGCUUCCGCCUAAGCCUUAUUCAACCUUGA